AGUGACUCACUGGUUUUGGUAGGAAGUGGCAGAGUGUAUUUUCUUCCUUGACGUCUUUGCCGUGGACAUUUGUGUUUGCAUUUAGUGCGAGGGAGCAGCUUUUACGCUGGAUUGCGUUUGAUUGUUUCUGGAGGGGGACAAUAAUGAUGUUAACGUGUUGGCAAGAGCAAUAACAGGAAGUUUGGACUACUGAAGAGACAUAAUAUGUUGUUUUACCGGAACACAAUAAUAGGUGUAAUUCUUGUUGUUAUUUUGGGACUUCCUGGUUGUUUAUCUUCUGUGUUUUUCUGUGGACGUUGGGAUGCCUCUGCAGAAGAGCAUGCAGAAGAUGGAGCAGAGCUCUUGCACAGAGGAUCGUAUCCAGCAUGUCCUUGAGCGUUGCCUCUGUGACCUCGGUCUCGAUACUCCUGACAAACAACUCUGGAACGCUGGGCUGUGCAUAAACCGCUGGUGUUUGGAGGAACUUGUCAAAAGAGAUGCCCACAACUUCCUCAUCCUUCUACAGAAAAUACUGAGGAAAACAAAAGAGGUGCUAGAGCAGUGUCGGUAUGAACUGGUGGUUCCCCUCACUCUCCUGUUCUCUUCCACCCUUCUAAAAGCUCCUCAUGUGGCUUCAGACUGCAGCGUGCUGCAGGAGGCCUACAUGUUGUUCCAUAGUUUCCUGGCCUGGCCUGAGCCUUGCAGCUCUGCCAGUAAACGUCUGCUGAAACUCAUCCAACAGGAGCUCAGAGCACCAGGUAUUUCAUUUCAAAGAUUGGUAAGGACAGAGCAUGGUGUUUCCCCUGAGGUCCACUCCUCUAAAACCAUAACAGUGCUGUUAGUGUGCCCAGAUGAAGACGUCCCUCCAGAGAUCCAGUCUGUCUCCGAGCAGCUGAGCAGCACCCAGCACUCCAACAGAGACGUCACCAUCAUCCUCCUCCUGCACAGCUUUAAGGCUGCUCUCACCAAACACGGCCUGCAGGGACUCCAGACUGCCUUGCAGGCAAAGCGGCCCGAGGAGCUGGAUCAGCUCAUGGAGGCAGUGACUGACAGCAUGGAGACAGCAGCCUCUACAGCAGACCUCGCCCAAGCUAGACAAGGUCUGCUACACGGCAUGGAGAGGCUCAAAGAAAGCCUUGCUAUCUCUGCUCCUGCUGAUGGAUGCCCGGAUACUGAGGAUGUUGAGACUUUCAUGCUGCCCUUCCCGAAAUGUCACACAUGCACCUGGGAAAACGACAACUUUGAUAUUCUGAAUCACAUUCUCGGAAGCCAGUCAGACCUGGACUCACCUCCAGAUUGUUUCCUCAAAACAGAAAUAGAGGAGGAUUAUAGCAAUGACACCAGUGUGGAUGAGGAGGAUGAACUGGAGGGGAACAAGGCGGACCAUGAGUUUCAGAACCACCGGAUUUCCACUGCGUCCUCUUCCUCGAGGGACUCGAGCUACUCCCUCUCUUCCAGCUGGUCUGCUGUCUCCACGCCGUCUGGCUCAUCAGGUGUGGAAAGUGACUUCAGUGAGGACACAACACAAGAGGACACAGAGGAAGGACAACAUGGCCAACCAAAGCUUAGAAAGAAACCCAAAAAGAAGUCCAGAUCCCUCUUGGGCGUGGAGCGCUUCUCCAUGCUUUUUAAGAGUCCCGGCAGCCCGAGCAUAUGCCGCCGUGCCCAGAGUAUGGGCUACCGUAGUGAUUUUACCAAAGACUUUCAUAGACCUGCAUUGCAGCUCAAACACUCCAGGUCCCUGUCCAAAAAAGUUAAUCCAAUGCAUGCAUCCACUGCUGUCCUGGAUCCUCUUUCCCCCCGGAAGCAUAUGUGUGUCCUCAGGAGGCCGAUCCUGAGCUGUGACGAAGGCGAUGUGGCAGAGGUGCCCACCCUGGUCAAAGUGGUGGUAUUUGGAGGUGACAGGGAGGCUGGCAGGCUGGCCAGAGCAUACAAUGACCUGCAGCAGAAAGAGAGUAAAUGUCCCAGACUCACCAAGACUUGCAAACUGCAGUUUUACUUUGUUCCCAGCAGAAGGAAAACAACAGGAAGUGCAGGAGGAGGACACACACCGACUGAAGGGCAGACAGGAAGUAUAACCAAAGCUGCUGCCUCUGUGGAGUCUAAUGGCAGUCUACUGGAAGACAGUACAACUGAUAUAGCCCAGAUGUUGGGUACGAUAGAUCCCUGGUACGAGAGGAACGUCCUCAGUCUGCUCAGCCUGUCCUCUGACGUCCUUUGUCAGACUGCCUGUAAGGAAGGCGAUGUGUCAGAGACCAGUGGCAGCAUGGACAGACUUCCUCUGCUGGCUGACUUGGUGCUUUAUUACUGUAGACAUGCAGACCAACCUGUUCUGGUGCAGCUCUACCAGGCUGAGCUUACCCUGGCGGGAGGAGAGAAGAGAAGGGAAGUGUUUAUUCACUCUCUGGAGCUCGGACACACUGCUGGAACCAGAGCUGUUAAGGCCAUGGGUGCUGCCAGUAAGAGGUUUGGAAUUGAUGAAGAACGGGAGGCUGUCCCUUUAACACUAAGUGUUGCCUAUAACAAGGUGGCCGUUAGUGGGAGGAGUCAGUGGAUCCAGACGGAGAUGGUUUGCACAUCAAUAAAUCUUUACAAAGCCUGCAGGAAACCUGAGCAGUUAGAUACAAAAAUAGAAAGUCUUCAGCUGACAAUGACAGAAGUCCUGAAGAGGCAGUGUUCCAAGUCUAAAAAGGGCUACAACCAGCACAUCUCCAUAUCCGAGGUGAAGGUGGACAGGGUGCAGGUGAACGGUGGAGACGAUGGGACAACGUUUGCUGUGUGUCUGGAUCAGGAUGAGAAGAAGUUCAUCCAAAGUGUCACCAGGUGUGAGGUGUCUGUGUGCUGUAAACCAGGAAGCAGUUCAGACUGGAGGUCCUACAAGCCCUUACCUGGCCAAGUCCAGCCUCUGCACCCGUCCUACUGCUCUCUGCUCUGCCUUCCCAUCACCUCUUUCUCUGCCUCAUAUCCCUGACAUACUGUUUACUACUAAACAAAUCCAUGGAGGUGAUUUACACAAGGAGGCUUAAACCAAAGCAACAUGGGAUGCAGAAGAUACUAAAUAGAUUGUCAAAAUGAAAGCAAAGAACAGUACUAAUAAAAAGAGUGACUCACAUAGAUUUCAGGUUUAUCCAGUAGCUGAUGUCAAGGUGUGUCACUUUGUUAUUAGGAGUUCUUACUUUUGAGCCUCCAGUUUUUUUUUCCCCUGAUCACAUCUUUGAUUGCUGCAGUCACUGGAUGAGAUGGUUUUAGCAAUGCUCGGUGGGCUCUUGAAUACAUUUUGGAGAAACACAGUUUUACCAGUGAACUUGCACUGCUGAAAUAUGCACAAGAAUGUCUAUUAAUUGCUGUUGUUGGUGUUCUUGUUUGGAGGAUUUCACAGGGUCUUAAAGGGAUGUUACUUGUCAGUCAAUAAUCCGCUGUCAGAAGCAUAAAACUGAUUACUUGAUUACUAUUGUGUACGGUCUGUUGAUCCAUGACAGAGUAAAUCCUUUUUGUUUUAAAGAAAUGCAUAAUAAAAUAAGCUAUUUAUUUUUAUUUUUCAAAAAUUACAUUUAAUUAUGUUUUUGUAUGUUACACAAUUGCAAUAAAAUCAUCAUUCAGUCA